CCCCUCUUGUCGGCCUACUCACCCAGUGCGCUCUCGUGCCCCUGUGCCCACUUCCGCAGUCUCUCAGUCGCUUCCCCUCUCUUCGACUGCCACAGUACGACUCGAAUGCUUGCUUGACAGUAACUUAGCCUGAUUUGCGAGGUCAUUCAGCGUUUCUCAGUCCGCUAUUGCGAUCGGCACCUAACGCCCAGAGGCUGCAGCCUUUAGCGCUGCACGUCCUUCUUUCUGGGACGUACUACCUAGUCAACAGUUUUUCGGAUCCUCGAUCUAUCUCGAGCCAUGGCCACCCGAGUGACCUCCCAACUUGCGGCCAACGACGAGAACCGCGUGCUGGACGGGAAACGGCUGGCAGGCAAGAACGCCUCCGCGGCUAUAGCACCGGAGCUCGGCGCGAUGAAGCUCCGAUCCGGCCAUGUCGUCCCUCCCCCGCGACGGGCGUUCGGCACGCUCACCAACAACAUGGGCUCCAAGGCCGCCGCCGGCGGAAAGAUAGAGAAGAAGGCCGAGCCCGCCCGCCAACGCGCAGCGCCCGCCGCCAAGGUCCCUGGUCGCGUUUCCGUUGUUGUGCCGAAGCCGCAGCCCGCGACCAAGUCAGUUCAGACCACCAGCGCCGUCAGCACCAUCACGGUCAAAUCCGAAGUGGAAGAGGUCAUCCCGGGUGACGUGGACAUCGAAGAGCCCCGCCACGUGCACACCAUGACCGCCGAGCUGACAGCUGUCAGCGAGGAAGCGAGCGUGCUCUCCACGGUCACCGCAAUGAACGCCGCCGCCGCCGCCGCCGCUGCCAUUUCCGUUUCCGCUAAGAGGGAAGCCUGGUGGGACAUCGACGCUGCCGACAAGACCAACCCUCUUGCCGAGACGGCUUAUGUCGCGGAUAUCUACAACUUCUACAGGCGGACGGAGGCUGAAGGCAUGGUGGCUCCCGAUUACAUGAACCGUCAGAGCGACAUCAACGGCACGAUGCGCGCGAUCCUCGUCGACUGGCUCAUCGAGGUGCACCUCAAGUUCAAGCUCAUGCCGGAGACGCUUUUCCUCGCUACAAGCGUCAUCGAUAGGUACCUGGCGGUGACGCCGGUGCCUCGCCGGAGCCUGCAGCUGGUGGGGAUUACCGCCAUGCUGAUCGCGUCGAAGUAUGAGGAGAUCUGGGCUCCCGAGGUCGGCGAUUUCGUGUACAUCUGCGAUAACGCGUACACGCGGCAGGACGUGUUGAAGAUGGAGAAGGACAUGCUCAACACGCUCAAGUUCAAGCUCACCAUCCCCACCGCCUACGUCUUCACCGCGCGUUUCCUCAAGGCCGCGACCGCCGCCGCGAACGCCGCUGCUGCUGCCGGUGCUGGUGCUGACAACGCAGUGACCGUUGGAGCGGACGCGCGGGUGCACGCACUGGCGUGGUACCUGCUCGAGCUGACCCUGCCGGAGCACUCGAUGAUCAAGUUCAGUCCGUCACACGCGGCUGCUGCUUCGGUCUACGCCGCGCUCCUGACAGCGCACCACGCCAACAAGACAGCCACGGGAGCAGGCUCGGCGGGCGCUGGGGAGGUCUGGGGCCCUGGUAUGGCGUGGCUGACGGGUUACGACGAGGCUGCACUCUGGCCGUGCGUGGCGCAGCUUGUUGCUCUGCACGGGAAGGCAGGCACCGGGAAUCUCGCAGCGGUUCACAAGAAGUAUUCCCGGAAGCAGUUCGAAGAGGUGGCUAAGAUCCCCGCCAUCCCCCAGCUGCCCGAGAACCCCCCCCGAGCAGCGCAUAAGCUGACCAAGUCGACGUCCUGCUUGUCGACGGCUAACUCUUCUGUCCCUGCGGUUUCCAGGAAGUGAGAAAGGGCAAGGAUGUGAGGGAACCCUGGUUUCUUGUUGUUGAGAGCUCACUUUCACGGGGUCAUCUCGCCCUGUCCUGCCGUGCUGUGCUUGUUAGGGCUUCCUCUGCCCUUUCAUGAGGUACCGCUGGUUAUCUGAGGGGCCCUCUCGGCCUACACCAAGCUAGAGCAAAGCGAACUAGAUCAUGAAUAGGCUGAUAGAUGCUGCUAGGGCUAGGAAUGUACAGAUGUCUAAGAAAUAAAGUUGCCUUUG